ACGGUUACUCCUAAAACGCUCUCUCCUUCUCUUGCCCACAACUUUCUGUUACAACAUUCUUAUUUUCUUCAAACAUUCAUGACAUACUAAAACACACAAAAUUUCCUUAACCAAAAUUCAAAUACAGCAAACAAAAAUCGAAUAUGUUGAAUCCAUUAGUAUCUGAAAUUCCAAUAUUAGAAACUCAAAAUGAACAGAGCAAAACAGAGCAAAAUCCCCUGUUUUUAGCCAUUCAAGAAGCAAAAUCUAUAGCAAACAUAGCAUUUCCAAUGAUUUUUACUGGUCUACUUCUAUACUCUCGAUCCAUGAUAUCGAUGUUAUUUCUUGGUCGUCUUGGUGAACUUUCUUUAGCUGGUGGCUCUUUGGCUAUUGGUUUUGCAAAUAUAACCGGUUAUUCGAUUCUUUCUGGUUUAUCUAUGGGAAUGGAACCAAUUUGUGGACAAGCAUUUGGUGCUAAAAGAUUCAAGAUUCUUGGACUUAGUUUACAAAGAACAAUUCUUCUUCUUCUUAUGGUAUCGAUUCCGAUUUCAUUUUUAUGGUUAAAUAUGCAAAAAAUCUUGAUUUUUUGUGGACAAGAUCAUGAUAUAGCCAAUGAGGCACAACGUUACAUACUUUUUUCAUUGCCUGACCUUUUCGCCCUCGCGUUUCUUCAUCCGUUAAGGAUUUAUCUUCGUUCUCAAUCGAUAAUUAUGCCAUUAACUUAUUGUGCUGCCCUUGCUAGUCUGGUUCAUAUUCCUAUUAAUUAUUUUCUUGUUAUAGUCCUUAAUCUUGGGAUUAAAGGUGUUGCUUUAAGUGGGGUUUGGACAAAUUUUAAUCUUGUAGGGUCUUUAAUUGCUUACAUUAUAGUCUCUAAGGUAUACAAGAAAACUUGGAAUCCAAUUUCUUUAGAUUGUUUCAAAGGUUGGAAAUCACUAUUGGAUUUGGCAAUUCCAAGUUGUGUUAGUGUUUGUUUGGAAUGGUGGUGGUAUGAGAUCAUGAUUUUGUUAUGUGGAUUGUUGUUAAAUCCUAGAGCAACCGUUGCAUCGAUGGGGAUUUUGAUCCAAACGACGUCUUUGAUCUACAUUUUCCCCUCUUCAUUCAGCUUUGGCGUGUCAACACGAGUUGGAAAUGAACUAGGUGCCAAUAGGCCAAAAGUAGCAAGACUAGCAGCAAUCGUCGGGCUAUCAUCUAGCUUCAUGCUAGGGUUAUGUGCACUAACAUUCGCGACAUUGGUAAGGAAGGUUUGGGCAACUAUGUUCACUCAGGAUGAAGAAAUCAUCGCGCUAACGUCCAUUAUUUUGCCCAUAAUCGGUCUCUGUGAGCUUGGGAAUUGCCCACAGACGACCGGUUGUGGGGUACUAAGAGGAACAGCUAGGCCAAAAUUGGGUGCCAACAUCAACUUAGGAUGUUUUUAUCUUGUUGGAAUGCCAGUGGCUGUAUAUUUAGGGUUUUUUCGGGGCUACGAUUUUGUGGGACUAUGGAUUGGAUUGUUAGCUGCACAAGCAUCAUGUGCAGUAACAAUGUUGUUGGUGAUUUUAUCAAGAACAAAUUGGGAAGAUCAAGCUAAAAGAGCGAAAGAACUUACUGCAGCUGUUGAAAAUGAAGAUGAAGAGAAGUAUAUAAUUAUUGAUGAAGAAAUUCCUCAAAGUUCUUUUGAUUAUUCAUCAGAUUAUUAUUAUCAAAAGAUUGAUGGAAGUUCAAAUGUUUGAUUUUGUAUAAUUUGAUGAUCAAUUCUUGGAUGAUUCUUUCUUCUUCUUCUUUUUUUUUUUUUUUUU